AUGUUGCUUUCCUCCUGUUUUGCUGCAGUUGCCCUUCUCUUCGCAGGUGUGGUGAUCCGCCCCGUUGCAGGUGCACAGGUGAAGCCAGGUGCUGGUAAUGCUGCUCUCGAUCCGGAUCCCGAUGCCAAUGCUGAUUUUGCAGAUGCCAUGCUCAAAAAGUUUGAUAAAGAGAGAGAUCUCCUCUUCCUCGAGCCUGGAACUACAGGAUUAGGGUUAGGAGAACGAUGCAGCGCUCGCAAAUCCUGUCAAUUGGGCCUCACGUGCACCAAGGUGUACUUGAACAGACGAUGCUUCCCAACCGAUUGCCUUGCUCUCGCCGCCGCCUCGGAGUUUGCAGCUAAUCUUACAGAAUACAAAGAAAGAGUGCUGGCUCAGGCCCAACUCACAGAAGAGGACUUGUUCGAGGCGAAUCUUGGCUCAGAUGGCAGCUUUCAAGAAUUUCAGGACACCACAGCCUUCCAGAGCCUUCAAGAUGCCUUUGCUGCAGAUCCCUUGGAUUUGACUGGAUUACAGGAAGCAGCAAGUGCCUGCAGCGCCUCCUCAAUGUCUGAGAAUCCCUUACAAACAGCCUCCAGCCCUGGCACAGUGGUGUACGCAGGUCUCCAUCUGGAAGCUGGAGUCAUUGCUGAUGUAGCCGUGUCUUUCUUUUGGAUCCUAGGGGAGGGGCAUGUUGGCACCACUGCCAUCAUGAGGUGGUGCUUUGGAGCCGAAGUUGGACUAGGAGCUGAAAUAUCUGCAGUGAUCGGUUUUGCCUUUACCGGAGCUCCAUCUGAUCUCCUCGGUGGAGCCAUUGCCUUCGAAACAGAUGCUGCUUUAGUUCUUCUUGGGGGGGCAUCUGUCCUAUUGGGGUUCGACCACGCCGAAUGGUCGCUUGAGUUCACAGUGGGUGGGGGAAUCGGUGGGGGGCUCUUUGGUCUUUCCAUUUGUACCAGCAGCGAGCUCGAACAAGUCAGUUCCGCUCCAAGCCCUUCCCCAAACUCCCCUCCCCCUCCUCUGAGCUCCGUUCCCAGCUCUGCUCCAAGCUCAGCUCCGAGCUCUGUUCCAAGCUCCAGCUCUGCCCCCAGCUCUGUGCCCAGCUCAAUUCCAAGCUCAAUUCCCAGCUCCGUUCCAAGCUCCGUUCCAAGUUCGGUUCCCACCCCUGUUCUGAGCUCGGUUCCCAGCUCGAUUCCAAGCAUUGUUCCCAGCUCGAUUCCCACCCCUGUUCUGAGCUCGGUUCCAAGCUCGUUUCCAAGCAUUGUUCCCAGCUCGAUUCCCAGCUCCAGCUCUGCUCCCAGCUUUGUUCCGAGCUCUGUUCCCAGCUCGGUUCCUAGCUCUGUUCCCAGCUCGGUUCCUAGCUCGGUUCCUAGCUCGGCUCCCAGCACUGUUCCUAGCUCGUCGCUCGGUUCCAAGCUCGGCUCCUAG